AUGGCAUCCGUUAGAAGAAGAAAGAUGGCGAAGUCCUCUGUCAAGAAGGCUACAAGAAAGCUCAAGAAUAGUGCCAGAAAGGUUAACAUAACAGGCAAUCCCAUCAUCGCGAAGAACUGGGACCACUCUUUGACACUUUCUCAAAACUAUAAAAAGCUUGGCCUAAGAUCCAAAUUGCAAGCACCUGCUGGUGGUAAGGAAGCAAGUCUGGAAAAGGUCAUCCCCAAGGAACCAUUAGUAAAGAAGCCUUUCUCGGGUGACAGUGACGAAGAAUGGGACUCCGACAGCGAUAGCUCGGAAGGAAGCGUCCCUGAGGAUGUCGUAAAUGAGGAAAACAUACCACUUGGCGAGGCACGCAUUUUACGGGACAAUGAAGGAAACGUCUUGAAAGUUGUUUACGGAAAAAAAGCCAACGGAAGUGGUGACGAAUCCUCAGUCGCUAUAACCCCUCAAGAGACUGAAACAGUUAGGGAGUUGAAAGCGUUUGCAGCAAGACCGGUCGUGACAAAAGUGAGGACGCCGAGCGAAAGGGAGGAGGCGUGGUUGAAGUCUCUUUAUGAGAAGCAUGGGGAUGACUAUCGGAAGAUGUUUUUUGAUCGAAAGUUGAACAUUAUGCAGCAGACCGAGUCCGACAUAAGGAAGAGGGUAAUUAACUGGAAGCUUAGAAACAAGAUUUCUGACUAG